AUGCGUCCCCAAGUGUUACUGUUUUCGGCUGCUAGUCUAACGCUCCUGGCUCCUUCCGCCAAUGCUGCCCGCAUCGAUCUUCAUCGUAACGAUCACAAUUCCCCGACCUCUCGAAUCUUCCCAAUUCUGACUUGGCUGCGCGACGGUGCAAUUGAAUUCGUGUUCGGCCCCGCUCCGGCCAGGUCGACGGCCCGUCCUGCUUCGCACAAAGGGAAAGCCAGCCUUCGGACCAAAUACAAUGAUCAGGUCGUUCUGCGAUUCAAUUUGACUAUACCUGAGGAGGAGGCCGUCUUCUCCGAGGCUGCCACGCGCCUGUUUCUCGAUGUUUGGGCGUUUAACCACGACUAUGUUGACAUCCGCAUUCGCAAUGCCGACAUUGCCUCCCUCUUGCGCCUGCUGCCCUCGUCUCUGAGGUCCUCAUAUUCCACAUUGAUUCCUGAUCUGGCUGCGUCUGUCUACGAUACCUAUCCGGCCGUCGCGGCUCCUGCGCAAAUUCAACGCCUCGAAGACCGCCGGACGUCAGUCCAGCUAUCCCGUCACGAGGGCGAUAACGUCUUCUUCCAAGAGUAUCAGCCUCUUUCUGUCAUUGUGCCGUGGAUGCGCCUGAUGGAAGCCAUGUUCCCCUCCAUUACUCAGAUGAUCAGCAUCGGGCAGUCCUUCGAAGGUCGCGACAUUCCUGCUCUCAAGGUCGGGGUCAAAACACCUGAAACUCCUGGCAGCAAAAGGAAAACGGUUGUUGUCACUGGAGGCAUGCAUGCGCGCGAGUGGAUAUCUACAACCACAGCAAAUUACGUCGCGUGGUCCUUCAUCACGUCCUUUGGCAAGGAACCCAUGAUCACCAAGCUGCUCGAGCACUUCGACUUCGUCUUCGUUCCUGCGGUCAACCCCGACGGCAUCGAGUACACCUGGCAAGUCGACCGACUCUGGCGCAAGUCCCGACAACAGACCGGAAUGCAGUGGUGCCGUGGAUUUGACCUCGAUCACGCGUUCGGUUUCGAAUGGAGCGGUUUGGAUUCUGAGAACGACCCUUGCUCCGAGAGCUAUGGCGGCACCGAGCCCUGGGAGGCAACCGAAGCUAUUGCACUUGCAAAAUGGGCGAAGAGUCAGUCUCAGGAGAAGGCUGAGUUCGUGGGGCUGAUCGAUCUGCACUCGUACUCUCAACAGAUCCUCUUCCCAUUCGCUUAUUCCUGUGACGUGGAUCCACCCAAUGUGGAGAACCUCGAAGAGCUCGCGACCGGACUUGCCAAGGCCAUUCGUCUUUCCAACGGUGAACAGUACUCGGUCACUUCUGCCUGUGAAGGUGCUGUCGCCUCUCGAGGCGGUGACAACAACGUCCAGCGCAUCGAGACUGGCGGGGGAUCGGCCAUCGAUUGGUUCUAUCACGAGCUGCACGCGCACUAUAGCUACCAGAUCAAGCUCCGUGACACUGGCAGCUAUGGCUUCCUGCUUCCCAAGGAAAACAUUGUGCCCGUCGGCGAGGAGAUCUUCAACGCCAUGAAGUAUUUUGGGGACUAUCUGCUGGGGAACAACGGUAUCGAGAAGUCGACCGAAUUCUUACGACCGGCAGACGAAGACGCAGAUCGUGGCGUCGAGCUUAGACGGAUGAGGCGCAGGAGAUGA